UGCACCAUUAAGCUCUCUAUUAAGGUGGAGAAUCCUAGGAGCAUCUCUAUGCUACUAGUCUUCCAUACAUGCCACAUGUGCAGCCGCCAUGUUGUCACCUUGUUGGCGCCAUGUCAUCUGCCACAUGUGACAGUGGUUUGGGGUGUACACGGAGUACUGGAAGAUGGGCUUCAAGUUCCUCAUUGACCCGCUGCUGUACGCGUUGUACAGGAGCCUCAAGUGCUCAGUCGGGCGUCUGUCUCCUUCAGUGAUCAUGCACGCGUCGUUCUCCCUUGUUUCUUUGCUCAAAAAUUCAAAGAAGCAAAUUUCUCUCUUCUUUCUCUUCCCAAAAAGUUGAAUACACCAAAAUUUCCCUCUUCUUUUAAAAGUCUCAAAUUACCAAAUACAUUACUUUACUUUAUUUAUAUGUAAUUGAUAAUUAUAUUGAAUAGUUAAAUUAACCAAAAUUUUAAUUUAUAUAUUAUAUUAAUAUUGUCCAUGAUCUCAACUAUUAAUUCUUAAUUAUUAAUAUUGACAUUGUGUUGAUUUUAUAUUUUAUAUUUACUUUUUUAAUUUUGUUAAAGAACUUAGUGUUCAAGUGACGUUCAUGUUUAAAUUUUUGUAAUUUUCUUAAAAUACAUAAUAUCACGUGAGUUUCAUAUUUUUUAAAUUUCCUAUACGAAAUGAAAAAAUAAUUUUAUCUAAGUUUAGAAUGAAAAAUUUUAUUUUGAAAAACUAUGUAUUGUAUAAUAUAAUAAUAAUUCAAGUGGAUUAGGUGAAGUUCGGGUUGAGUUGGUCGGGUUACGGGUUAAUCGGGUUUGGGUCAAUCGGGUUUGGGUUAAUCAGGUUGCAGGUCGGGCGAGUUACGGGUUGUUUACUUUUAGUCAAUUCGGGUUGCGGGCGAGUUAAUCGGGUCGGGUUCUGUUUUGACACCUAUAGCAGUUUGCUCGAGACACUGAGAGAUCAUACUCCAAGAUGGAUCUUUGUACCCAGGCCUAUCGUGAAAUAGAGGAGAUCUCCUGAGCAUUAAGAAGAGCCUCGAGGAUCUUGAGAAAUCUUAUGCACAUCUUGCUCAAGAUCACCAUUCUGCUACUAUACUAGAAGAGGAGGAGGAAGACGAAGUUGUCACAGAGAGCUCCCGUGAUGAUCCUGAUAAAAAAUGUCCUGUCGUAGCCGAACACACCUUCCCACAUCCCACACCGAGCUUUGAAGAGGUGGGCAUGAGCAAGGGAGAUGCAAGAUGAUCUCAUGAAAGAAAUUGUUUGGCGACUUGCUCUCCAAUCCGUGCUAGAAGAAGAAGAGCGAGAAAGGAUGGGGAAAGAAGUUGUGGAGGAUGACGAAAGUCUUGAUCUUUUCCCAGGGGCAAUACCACAUUUUGAAGAGGGAAGGGGGGUUGAAAGAGCAAUUGGCAUCCAUGCUGGGGAUGAAGUUGAGGUGGAAGAGGCUUGCACCGGCCCUAUGUUACAAGUCAUAUCCCCACCAAACAUUGAGGAACUACUUGGCAAGGACCCAUUCGCAGUGUCUCUUUGCCUGACCAAGGCCACAUUGACAUCGGUCCCUCUUGUUGGAAGCGAUGGUGGUCAGUCAAUACGGUUAUAUCUGGUUUGGGGCAAUGAGACGAGAAGAAACGAAGAAGAGGUCUCGAGGGUGGAGAGUUUAGCUACAUCAAGUGCACGAGCCUUCAUCACCUGCUAUACCACAUGCUCGUGACUUGAGACUCCACCUCAUCAAUGAGAACCUCAACUUCAAAGAGGUUCUAGCAUGGACCGAAACUUAGGAUCCACCGUCCGGCUCAAGACGUGAAAGAAGCGCUUGUUGGGACUGGGAGGCAACCCAACCAGUCGGUUUGCAUUUCUUUCCCUAUUUCUCCUCGAUUGAGUCAGUUUUGUUCUUUGAUUUUAGAGUCAAUAACUUAACCUUUGUGAGAUUUUGUGUGGUAUUUGUGUUCCGACUACUCUCUCCUCCUGGAAUGCACUGCCUGCCCCGUCCACCAUCAUUCACAUGUGAUCUAGUAACUUCGUUCUACCCUCCUUAUCUUUCCUCCAUUGAGGACAAUGUCGUGCUUAAGUGUGGGGGGAUGUUCAAUUAUAUAUGCGUGUGAAUGUUUUGUUGUAUGUGUGUGUUUGGAGCCUAGUCCAAUGUCCAAAUUUUUAAAUUUGAGGGCUCUAAGUAUGUGUUCCCUGCAAUUUCCUACUCAGUAUGCUUUGAAUUGACAACCUUUAUAGUAUUAUGCAACCUAGGGAGGUAGUUGUAGCACUAUGGAGGAUGCUGAAGUAUAAGAUUUUUCCUAUCUAUCUCCCUACCGUGCCGGUUGAUUGUGUUAACUAGUAAAUAUAGGACAUUUGAUUCA